AUGGGGGCUAUGAAUGUGCUCAAAGCAGAGAUGGAUGUGAGGACUGCAGACAACCAGCCAAAAUUCACAGAUGUCUGCGAAUGGAUGGCUGAGAAGCUGAGCUCUGAUGGGGAGAGGUCGGCUUACCAGAAGCAGGUCGAGGACCUGCUGGCUGGGUGUGAAGCAGUGGCUGGAACUGGGACGACCUCCUUUCAGUCCUCAGUCCCCAGUCCUGCAGAUCUCCAAGAAGGUGCUUGUGGCAGGAUGUUGAAGCGGUUCCCUUUGAGACUGUGGCAACUGGGGGGUCAUGAAGCCUCACAUGUCAAGGGGGCCCCACAACUCCAUGGAGUUCGGGACAACAUGCAGAAGUUCAUGACUGGGAUGGGGUGUGAAACACACAAGUUCCCGUUGGAGAUUCUGUUCGACUGGCCAACUGCAUGGAAACCAGCUGGCACUAGUCCGGUUCCUGGCUCACCAAUCGAGCCCUUCAGUGUCGGAGUCAGCAUUGGGACGACUGUUACCAUGGCAUGCCACCUUCUCAUUUAUGCGGCCAUGAAGAUUGAUUGGUUGAACAGUCCAAGCGUCCUAGACCAUGUCAAGAAGGAUCUGGCAGUUCGGUUCGACAAGGUUGUGGCGGCCAAGGUGAUGGCAGGAUCGCGCAAGGUUCGGAGGGACAUGAUGCAGGAGGUGAUCAACCGCCACAACAGGUUCUUUAACCCAACCAAGCAGCUGAGUGGCAACCUGAAAGUCUCACAGGUCUGGCAUGAAAUUGUGAAGUUCUCUUGGGAGAAGAUCGAGGAGGUGUUGCACAGACUGCAGGCCAAGUGGAAUGGCAAGAUCCAGGAGUAUAUCGACAGGCAGCAGCCCCCCCCCAUUCAUCAAGCAUCCAUCUGUGCAGGCUUCCGUGAUUCUGGCAAAGAGUCCCAAGUCUACCUCAUGGCUUGUGUCAUGGUGCACUUUAAAGACCAGAUGAAGAAGGACAUGACUCCGGAUGAGUUCAACAAGAUGAUGAGCCAUUGGCGUUUGGGACAUUUGGACGGGAAGCUCUUCCCCGAGGUGGUUGCCAUGAGGCCGGAUUUCAGCUUGACCGACUUGGGGCUCCGAAUGCAGCAAGAGGAGGCUGUGACAAAUCUUGCAGUCCUGCAGUCCUCUGACCUGUUGGAUGAUGAAGCUACACAGGAGCAAGUGCGCAGCCUUACCAACAUUGCAAGGUCCCUCAAGAGAGAGCAGGAUGAGAUGCGAGGCUAUCGUGUUGCAUCCCAGCGACACAUGGUGCAGACAGUGGCAGCCGAAGCUGAGUACCAGAAAUCCAUUGCACAGGGUGUAGAAAGUGCGUGGGUUGAGCACUCGAUCUACUAUCAGGUCAGUGCCACCAAGACAUUGGGAAUGGGGCAGGCAUUCGAACAUGCGACACAUAGGACUCUUGCCAGUCGUUUGAUGCAGGAUGUGAAACAGAUUCCAGUCAUCAGUGUGAUCAACAUUCCCAUGCUGGGAGCCACUGCCUCAUCAUGUCUGAAGGCAAUGGUCAGUCACAUGGCUUCGGAGCUCCAGGCAUCUUGCAAUCUUACAAUCUACCUGGUCGUUCCACCCAACCAGGUUGUUUUCGGUUUGGGCAGGCUCUCCAAGACCGAACGUGAGGACAAGGUUGCGGCUCACCAGGCCGCCUGGAAGUCCGAGAUUGAAAGUAUCCCUGAUGUCAAGCUGGUGAAGGCCACUGCACUGUUCGAUCAUGAGUCGAUGUACAGUGAUGAUCGACCACUUGGUGUUGAGUUGUGGAUUGUCCAAGCAGCAGCUGCAGAGCAACAUGUUUUCCAGUCCUCUGUCCUGCUGAAACGGAGAGCAAUUCCAGGGCUCAUGUCUUGUUUCCCGAGACAGUCCAUGAAAAAUUUCGCAAAGGACAUGUCGUUUGUGACGGGUGGCAAAACAAACGGUGAUCAAGACCUGGAGCGCAAGCAGUGGUACUCUGGUGCUGGCUUCCUGGCGGAGGUUCUCACAUCCUUCGUGAAGGGCACAAAGCUGACAGAGAAGCACACUGUCUUGGUACGGGACGAGACAUUGUAUGAUGCAGAGCUCAGCAUUGCAGUGGCCAACUUGAAUGCUGUCAAGAACAUCACUUGCCCGAAGUUUGCCUAUGUCGGGAUUGCAUGGGCUGGCAACAGCACGGCUAAGGAUCAGAUUGUGGCAAAUGUGGAGGAAGUCUGCACUGAGUAUGUCAAGGCAGCCAUUUCCAGGAAUGAGUACAAUCCUGUUUCGCUUCCCCCCUCCCUGCUGUCUCGCCCAGUCUUGCAGUCCAGCAGUCCUCCAAGCCUGAAGUUGGAGUUGUUUGAGCUGACACAGCCCACUGCAAACAACGAGCUGCACUGGCUCCGGGACACCAUCACCAAAGCUAAGGCAUGUGGAGAUGUGUUGCUUCCUGACAGUGAGGUCUGGAAAGGGCAGGGGUGGACGCAGCUGUUCCAGAAGCACAAUGAGGAGUUCAACCCCGCAGAGGUCAUCCGAGCCAAACGUGGUCCCGACACAGAUGUUUCAGUGUUGCAUGUGGACAACACUGCAGAGACAGCAUUGCCAUCAGUCUUGCAGUCCUCAGACCUGGAGCACAUGGGCAAAUGUCAGUUGCCAGGGAUGACCACCCAUGAGUUCUACGUGAGCUCGGCUGGUGACUUGUACGUCAGAGGCCUCACAGACUGCAUCCUUGAAGGGGCUCAGUUCCAGAUUCACGGAUUCUUCAAGACAGGCCGUGAGGCUUCAGAGCUGAUGUCCAGUGCGCCGGAUGCUGUCUACCCUUACAAGCUCACUGAGGAGUCCAUGGUGUUGUUGCGUGGCAAGGCCGGCAAGACCCUGCCAGCAUCUGUCCAUCAGUUUGGAUGCAAGCCUGGGAAAGUGAAGGACAUCAUGAAUGCUUUGCUAGUGUCGGGCAACCCCAAAGCAUCGAUCCACCUGCAUUCGUGCGAGAACACAGUCAAUGGGAACUCCGUGGACUGGAAGGUCGUUGCCCUCGAGCCGGCUUGCCUCAAACCCAGUGUCGAGGAGGCCCCUGAGGACGGGAACCAAAAGUUCCCACCAGCUGUGGUGCCGCAUGUGAAGCUGUCCAGUUUUGUGAAUCUGAGCAAUCUAUCCCAAUUCGAUGUGGUUUUCUGUUUAGAGUAUGAUGACCAGGCCAACAAGCUCAAAGGCAUGAUGCCUCAGGCAAUCAUGAAGUGCAAGGCCAAAGUCUCCAAGGAUUCCAUUGCCAAGAUGUGA